AUGGAAAAAACGAAUGUCAGGUUGCCCCAGCUGGCUAAGAUAGCCGCGCUCCUCCUCCUCUUCAUCCUCGUACCCAUGGUGCCUCCUUCUCUGAGGGCCCCUUAUCUCUACCUCCUCUUCAACGCCCUCGUCGUCGCCCUUGGCGUCGAGGCCGGUUUCCUCUCCGUCUCAACCGGGACCAAGCUAACAGGCCAGCCUCCUGCCGCUGCCGCUGCUGCUGUAAUUCCCAACCACCAUCACCACCUUGUCACUUCACAGCCGCCGAUCAUGGCGGCACCCUUGCCAGGACGACUUAGGGAGGUAAAUCUGCUUGCAGAUCGCGGUGCUAUCAAUGAGGUGCUGAGCGUGGCGAAGAAACUGAAGGAGGAGAUCAAGAAAGUCCCGUCCAGGGCGAGCAUCUUCUUCAUCGGGAGCGCGGACCCCCACGACGCCGGCGAGAUCGUCGAUGCGACGUCGACGCUCCAAGACAAUCAGGCGGGGGAAGGGCGGAAAAGGUGCAAGGUAGACGCCUCCUCCCAUGAUCUCAUGAGCAAGCAGGAACUUUACGCGAAGGCCGACGCGUUCAUCGGCAACUUCUACAAGCAGCUCAAGAUGCAGAGGGAGGAGUCGUGGAACAAGCUGCAGGACCUGUGCAGCUACCACCACCACCACAACUACAAGGCCAAGGCCUUCUAG